AUGGCCCAGUCAGCAGACAAAAUGUCACUGGAGGUGGUAUCAGCUGUCAGUAAUUCAUCGCUGCUUCAGCCAGGCUUCUCUCUCCUCAAUUUUGAUGGGCACACCUUCCUUUUUGGGCAGAAAGGAUGGCCGAAGAGGUCCUGUCCCACUGGUGUUUUCCUCCUCGAUAUAAAGGAGAAUGAGCUCAAAAUGAAACCUGCCUUCUUCUCUAAUGACUCCUGUUACCUGCCCCCUCUCCGCUACCCUGCCCUUUGCACACUCAGAGGCAAUGCGCAGUCUGAUGAGUACCAGUAUAUCAUCCAUGGUGGAAAAACGCCUAACAAUGACCUUUCAGAUAAGAUUUAUAUUAUGAGUCUGAUAAGCAAAAAUAGCAAGAAAACCACAUUUCAAUGCAUUGAGAAAGACCUGGGUGGAGAUGUUCCUGAAGCUAGAUAUGGACAUACAAUUAACGUAGUUCAUAGCCGUGGAAAAAGCAUGAGCGCUAUAUUUGGAGGGAGAUCAUAUACCCCUCUUGCACAAAGAACCACUGAAAAAUGGAAUAGUGUAGUUGACUGUUUGCCAUCUGUGUUUCUCAUUGAUUUCGAGUUUGGAUGCUGUACAUCAUACAUACUUCCAGAGCUUCAGGAUGGACUUGCUUUCCACGUUUCAGUUGCCAGAAAUGAUACAAUCUACAUUCUGGGAGGCCAUUCACUUCAAAAUAACACCAGGUCCCCCAGCUUGUACAAGCUAAAAGUUGAUCUCCCGCUGGGCAGCCCAGCCGUGACCUGCACCAUCUUGGCAGGGGGGAUAUCUGUGUCGAGUGCUAUAUUGACUCAAACCAGUGAUACCGAAUUUGUCCUUGUUGGGGGCUACGAGUCUGACAAGCAGAAACGGUUGGUAUGUAACACCAUAGUCCUGGAAGACAGUAAUAUACAGAUUGUUGAAAGGGAGAGCCCAGACUGGACACCAGAUAUUAAACACUGCAGGAUGUGGUUUGGCAGUGAUAUGGGCAAAGGAUCUGUACUGCUGGGCAUUCCAGGGGCCAACAAACAGUUAAUCUCAGAUGCAAACUACUUCUACAUUUUGAGAUGCAAGGGAGCAGAAGAGGACAAGGAGGAAGAACUGACAGCACAAAUUAGCAGUCAGACAUCUACUGAAGACCCUGGAGACUCCACUCCAUUUGAAGAUUCUGAAGAGUUUUGUUUCAGUGCUGAAGCCAAUAGCUUUGAUGUUGAUGAUACUGACACUUACAAUGAAGAUGAUGAAGAAGAUGAAUCAGAAACAGGCUACUGGAUCAUCUGCUCCACCAGUUGCAAUAUUGACAUUAACACCUGGGUCCCUUUCUAUUCAACAGAACUCAACAAGCCUGCAAUGAUCCUGUGUUCCAGUGGGGCUGGCCACUGGGUCCAUGCUCAAUGUAUGGAUCUCUCAGAGACCAUGCUUAUGCAUCUCUCAGAAGCAAAUGUCAAGUACUUCUGCAAUGAGCACAUUGACCUUAAUAAAGGGCUACAAACUCCCAAAAAGGUGGUGCCCCUGAAGAAACAACCCAUGAAACCACUGCGCAAAAAGGGAACCAUGAAGUUAACAUCACCAGCAAAAAAGUCGUUUCUUCGGAGGUUGUUUUAA